CUCUGCAAAACAUCGCAUAUCCUAUCUUUUACUUUAUCUCCAUCCUAUACUACCGACAUUGUUUCUUAUCCGUCGGUAAUUAAUAAUUGAUAAUACCUGCUAUGCCGACACAAGCAAAUAAACCAAGUAAAAAUCAGCUUCGAAGGGCUCGAAAAAAGGCAAAAAAAGAUGCGGUUCCACAGGCUGAACUGGAGCCACAUAAUAUCUCGGAUAAAAGCGAUAUCCAGGUGGUCAACCGCACCUCCAAGUCACUUGCUCUAAAUGAAGAUACUCCUCUCUUUACCAAUAUAAACCCGGAAGAUCCAUUAUGGGGUAUGUACAAGAACAUUGUAGAUCGAUUCGAGGCUGGAAAUGAAGAGGCUAGAACUGAGCCCGAAAAGCCUCAGAUUUACUUCGACGAUGAUGACGAGAUCCCGGAUGAAGAAGAAGAAAGUGAGCCCAGGAUGUCCAAAAAGAAACGAAAGGAGAUGACAAAGCUUUCUGUCGCUGAAUUGAAGGCACUUGUUCAAAAACCGGAUCUUGUUGAAUGGACAGAUACUUCUGCCUCAGACCCUCGAUUACUUGUUCAUAUCAAAGCACACCGGAAUGUUGUUCCUGUACCAACUCAUUGGUCUUUGAAAAGAGAAUACCUGUCAUCCAAGCGAGGUAUCGAAAAGGCUGCUUUCUCAUUGCCAAAGUUCAUACAAGAGACUGGCAUUUCUGAAAUGCGUGAUGCGGCCCUGGAAAAGCAAGAACAAUCGACUUUGAAGCAAAAGCAGCGAGAACGUGUACAACCGAAAAUGGGCCGCCUAGAUAUCGACUAUCAAAAGCUCUACGAAGCAUUUUUCCGGUUCCAAACUAAACCGGAAUUGACAAGAUACGGUGAAGUUUACUACGAGGGCAAAGAGUAUGAAACAAACCUUCGCCACCUACGCCCAGGUGAGCUCAGUGACGAAUUGAAGGAGGCUCUCAAUAUUCCGCCUGGAGCUCCUCCCCCGUGGCUGAUCAAUCAACAAAGAUACGGACCGCCACCCUCUUAUCCUGCGCUCAAAAUCCCUGGUUUGAAUGCCCCUCCUCCGCCAGGUGCAAUGUGGGGAUAUCACCCUGGCGGCUACGGCAAGCCUCCUGUCGACGAGCAUAAUAGACCCUUGUAUGGUGGCGACAUAUUUGGUGUUCUCCAAACUCAGCAAGCUGCUCAGCAAGGCGAACCCAUUGAAAAAGACUUAUGGGGCGAAUUGCAACCGCCUGAAGAGGAAAGCGAGGAAGAAAGCGAAGAGGAAGAGGAUGAGGAAGUUGAAGAUGAGGAGAUGGGUGAAGGGCUACAAACACCAAGCGGUUUAGAGACGCCCAGUGGAAUAGUUUCAGCCGUACCGUCAGAGUUUGCAACAUCUGAAAACGUGAGCGGUGAAUUCGACGUUCGGAAACAUCACAGGGGGACGGAAACGGAGGAUUCCAUACAACCGAAGGCUGCAUAUCGCGUCAUUCCCGAGCAAUCGUCCCGCGUCCACGGGUUCUUUGGUGGUGAUAGGACGUACGAUCUUAAAACGCCUGAAGCAUCUAUCCCGGUGCUCGGUAGAGAAGAUGAAAAUCGCAAAAGGAAAGCAGUAGGUGACGUUGAUGUGUCUAUGGACCCGGAGAUGUUACGAAGCAAGGAACACCUGCAAAGUCUAUACAAUGAGGAGAAACAGCACGAACAUUCCCAUUGGAACUUCCAAGAAGACCUUAGCGAUAUGAUUGCGGACGCAAGCCGUAAGCAACUACGCGACAGAGAGGAGAGGCGUGGAAAGCGUGGAUAGGCCAGUCGAAAUAAGCGGUUAGAUCAUUAUGCCAAAAUACGAUACCUAAAAUACGAUGCCUCGUUGUAAAAACCAUGAAUUGUGAAACCCCUAGAAGAGCUUAGCUAUUCUCAUGCAUAAUGGAAAACACUACUCGUUAGAUGAAGCGUGGUAGCGU